CGUCCUGCACGGCAGGAAGUUGGCUGUGAAGUCCCGCGGCGGUCCCUGCUCCCGAGGGCGGCCGCGAUGCCUUCGUCGCAACUCGUCAGUCAACUGCUGGAACUAUGUCUUCGGAGCCUAAUAAUCAACAUUUCCAGGUAUAUCUCAGAUAUCAAAUAUUUGCCUCCCAACAUCAAAGAUAGACUGAUUAAAAUAAUGAGCACACGGGGCCGGAUAACAGAUUCCAAUAUAAAUGAGGUGCUACAUCCUGAAGUCCAAAGACUAGAUCUCAGGAGCUGUGAUAUCUCCGACUUGGCUCUCCAGCACCUGUGCAGAUGCAGAAAACUGAAGGCACUAAACCUGAAAUCAUCCAGAGAACAUAGAAAUAGCAUAACUUCAGAAGGAAUAAAAGCUGUAGCUUCUUCGUGUUCCGACCUUCAUGAAAUUUCUUUGAAAGGAUGCUGCAAUGUCACUGAUGAAGGAGUCCUUGCUCUUGCACUCAACUGCCAGCUGCUAAAGAUCAUUGAUUUGGGUGGCUGCCUAGGUAUCACUGAUACGUCCUUACAUGCACUAGGAAAAAACUGCCCAUUUUUGCAGUGUGUUGACUUUUCAACUACUCAGGUGUCUGACAGUGGUGUGGCUGCACUCGUUAGUGGACCAUGUGCCAAACAAUUAGAGGAGAUUAACAUGGGGUAUUGUAUAAAUCUGACCGAUAAGGCUGUAGAAGCUGUCCUGACUGCCUGUCCUCAGAUACGCAUACUUCUUUUCCACGGCUGCCCCUUAGUAACAGAUCAUUCACGAGAAGUCUUGGAACAAUUAGUAGGAUCAAGAAAACUAAAGCAAGUGACAUGGUCAGUUUAUUGAUUUUACUGAGGCUGAUUACAGGAGCCUUCCCAGGAACUUAUUAUAACACUAAUUUAUUACUUAUUGUCUUAGUUAAGCUGUAACUCCCAGAGAACCAGUUCAAUCUUAAUGUGAACGUUUGUGCUUUUAAGUUAACCAGACUCAGCAUUUAGCACUCCUAUCAUCCCGUAUUUGUUUGAUGAGCCAUCUUUUUGUUUUAAUGGUGACCCUGGUGUGAACUGUACCUGAUGGAGAGGAGGCUGGAUUUGUUUCUUUAAUAACAACAGUUUCAAAUGAUUCAUUUCCCCUUUAUAGUCCUUUCUCUGGUGUAGGUAUCUGAGCUGUUGAAUUCUAAAUAAAGAUGCUUUUAAAAGUGUAA